AUGAAAACUUCAUCGAAAAGCUCGUCUUUGACAGAAAAUAACGGGAAAUCACUUGAUGAAAGAAAAUCAACUCUGGAACAAACUGAAAAACAAUAUAAAGAGUCCAAAUAUGCGGUUAAAAAGGAUUUACGGAGAUUGAACCCACAACUGGAUUUAAAGGCAACUGAAGCUGAAGCCAAAAGCACAUCAGAUCCAAUCCAACGACAUAAUUUGGAACGUAAAGUUGAAGAUCUUAGACAGAAAGUCAAUGACUAUAAAGGUGAAUAG